AUGGGAACAACAGGGAAGGACCUGAGGUUGGAGACCAGGGAGGAAAAAUCUCCAUGGCAGAACCUUGUGAAAGAGGCCGUUUUGAGCAGCUCCAGUGCACAGGAAUCCAAUGGUGAAGAAAAGUCCCAGAGAUCCCUCAAGAGGAGGGGCUCUAAACACAGCCCAGGGUGCUCUGAGGAAGAACGACCUACCCUGUACCAGGAAGGUGGACAGAGCUUCAGCCAGAGCUCAGAGCUGGUGGUCCAUGAGCAGCUUCAUCAUGGGCAGAAGGCCCACAAGUGCUUGGAGUGUGGGAAGAGCUUCAGGCAGAGCAGCACCCUGAUCAGCCACCAGAUGAUCCACACUGGACAAUGGCCCUAUGAGUGUGGGGAGUGUGGGAAGGGCUUCAGCUACAGAUCCACCCUUGUGACCCACCAACGCAUCCACACAGGGGAGAAGCCCUAUGAGUGUCCCAAGUGUCUGAAGAGGUUUCAGAGCAGCUCGAAUCUCCUCCGCCACCAGCGAAUUCAUACGGAUGAGAGGCCCUUCCGCUGCCCCGACUGUGGGAAGGGCUUCAAGCGCAGCUCCCACCUCAUCAUCCACCAGCGCAUCCACACUGGAGAGAGGCCCUACAAGUGUCCCCAGUGUGGGAAGAGGUUUCAGACCAGCUCCAGUCUAAUCCUGCAUGAGCGCAUUCACACGGAUGAGAGGCCCUUCCACUGCCCCGACUGCAUGAAGGGAUUCAAGCACAACUCCACCCUCGUCACCCACCGGCGCCUCUAUGCUGGGGAGAGGCCCUACGAGUUUCCCCAGUGUGGGAAGAGCUUCACCAGCAGCUCUCCCUUGACCAGACACCAACGGAGGCACCAGUAA